AUGUGGUUUACGUGUUUAAAGGAUUUGUGCGCUUUGCGGGAAAACCUUACAGCAUCGGACCCUCCGCAGCGUUUACUAGUUUAUGUCCUUGUUCCAUUCGUUAUAAUUUUUUUAUAUAGCACGAUAAGCUGCUUUUUAUUCACAUUCCCGUUCUCAUCAGAUUCAUGUAACAGGAUAUCUUCCAAUAUAUUGUAUAUCAGUACGAAAACGACGAUAUUUUCACAAUGCUGUUGA